GUCCCUGAGCCUCGGGGUGGGGUUGAGCACCGAGCCGGCCUGAGGAGACGGGAGAGCGGGGAAGCGAUGGCGGCUUAGCACGGUGCCUCCCUGACGGUUUGCGGGUGGAGACGCACGGUGAGAAUGGCCGAGGAACAGAAGUGGAGCAGGUGGGCUUGGAGACGACUCAGGAUGGCUGAACAGACGGAUGCAAAGGAGCCGUGUGAGCUUGUGGGCAAACAGCUGGGCGAACCAGGAAGGUUUGCAUACGCAGCUCUCUGUGGGAUAUCUCUGGCUUGCUUGUUUCCUGAAAAGGAGCAAAGCGCCUUUAGGAUGGAGUUCAUUGAAGGCUUGGUGAAAUGGCUUGAGUUGUCAGACGCCGUCUUGCCUGCCAUGACUGCGUUCACCAGCGGUUUGGGUGACGAGGGCGCAGAAACCUUUGCUCAGAUUUUACUGAAGGAUCCUGUCUUGGCAAAUAAUCCAGUCGUCAUUACGCAAGAUCUUGUGUCCUUCUCUCUUAAGGAUGGCUAUUACGAUGCCCGAGCGAGGGUGCUGAUCUGCCAUGUCACUUGGCUGCUGAGAAUCCCUUUAGAGGAGCUGGAAGUCUUGGAGGAGUCUCUGCUUGAGAGCCUGAAGGAGCAGAAGGAGGAAGAGUCAGAAACUGCAGAAGCAUCAAGAAGAAAGAAAGAAAGGAAGCGGAAAUUGAGGAGAUACUUGAUGAUUGGCUUGGCAACAGUAGGGGGCGGAACAGUGAUAGGUUUGACGGGGGGGCUUGCUGCCCCUCUCGUUGCUGCUGGAGCUGCAACUAUCAUUGGAAGUGCUGGGGCAGCAGCUUUAGGGUCAACGGCGGGAAUCGCUGUCAUGGCAUCACUCUUUGGAGCAGCAGGAGCUGGCCUUACUGGCUACAAGAUGAAGAAACGAGUAGGAGCCAUCGAAGAGUUCGAAUUCCUCCCUUUAACUGAAGGGAAACAACUUCAUAUCACUAUAGCCAUCACUGGCUGGUUGUGUACUGGCAAAUACGGCAGUUUCACAGCUCCCUGGAGCAGCAUGUUGCAGUCCAGUGAGCAGUACUGUCUGGCCUGGGAAUCCAAGUACCUGAUGGAGUUGGGCAACGCUCUGGAUUCACUGCUAAAUGGUUUUGUGAACAUCAUGGCUCAGGAAGCCCUGAAGUUCACUGUCUUAUCAGGCAUAGUGACAGCCCUGACAUGGCCGGCUUCACUUCUUACUGUGGCCAGUGUCAUUGACAACCCAUGGGGAGUGUGCCUGAAUCGAUCAGCUGAAGUGGGCAAACAUCUGGCACAGAUAUUGCUCAGUCGACAGCAGGGCAAACGACCUGUCACUUUGAUUGGCUUCAGUCUGGGCGCAAGGGUCAUUUACUUCUGCCUGAAGGAGAUGGCGCAAGAAAAAGACUGUGAGGGGAUCGUCGAGGAUGUGGUCCUGCUGGGAGCUCCAGUGGAAGGAGACGCCAAGUACUGGAAAGCUUUCACAAAGGUGGUGUCGGGCAGGAUCAUAAAUGGCUAUUGCAGGGGAGACUGGCUGCUGAGUUUUGUCUACCGGACCUCCUCUGCUCAGCUCAACGUUGCAGGCCUUCAGCCAGUCAGCCUGGAUGACAGGAGGAUGGUUAAUAUGGAUCUUUCAUCUGUAGUGAAUGGCCACCUGGACUACAUGAAGCAAAUGGACACUAUCCUGAAGGCUGUGGGCAUUAAAACCAAGGAGUGUCGUCUGGAGGAGAAGGGGAAUCUCAGCCUUUUCUCCAACCAGGGUGAGCAAAGACAGCCGACAGCAGAGAGUCAGGAAGAGGAAAGCACCUUGGGAGAUGAUAAUUCCAUCAGCCAUGAUCACUGGUCCUGGCAACCUGUACCCAGCGAAAGUCUGCACCCUAGUGACAGGAACUCGGAUCUUGCACACCCUGAGGUUUCUGAAUUUCCAGGCCCUUUGGAUGCCAGCAGAGACCAGAACCCAGCCGGGCUGGAAAAACCUUUACCAGCCAACCCUCUGCCCUGCCCUGAUUCUGCUGCUCAUGUCCUGGGAGGAACCUUCCUUCCCUGCCCAGGCUGUUCAGACACUAAUGACCUCAAAAAGCCGGCAGCACACCAAGGUCUGGACUGAAUCCCUGCCUCAGAAUGAAUUACUGACUCUUCCCUUGGUCGCUGCAUCAUGGCCACAGCACGCGAUCUGUCCAGCACUCCAGUGCAGAAGGGCAUCUACCAAACCCCUCCCCUCAAAACAACACUGGUGCCAUUGGCCAGUUCUAGGGGCAGUGACUACAGAACAUUCAUCCCAGGGGAAUCCCAGGACUUGUGGAGCUAUAGGACCCUCCAGAAAAUGGAUGUGACAAACCGGUUGUUAGCAAAGGUAAUAACGCCCAUAGUUGCUGUGCUAUUGCAUUAGAGAGGCACUAGACGCAUCAAAUAACCCAGAGUUGUCUGUCUUGAGGGGAAACAAAUCAGGGAUCCUUUUGAGUGUGUUACGGUGGGAGGAUGUUCUGCUAGGAUUAAAACCUCUCUCACAUGACUCUACAACCCGGUGAGCUUCCCAGCGGCCGGGGGUGGGAUGCCAUGGUCACUGCUUCCUCCUGUUUUCCCAUCACUUCACGCUACAUAAUGGGAAACGC